GGAAGGCUUUCCCGUUUGAUAUAUGAAAGCACCUGCUCUGGUUGUUAUGGAAAUGUUUAAACAUGGCGCUUGCUGGCAUCAAGUUAGAUGCUGAAGGAAGUUCGAUUUUUGCAACAAAUUGUUUCCCUGUAAGAAGUGUACAGCAUCGGGAUGAUGACGGUGGAGGAGCCUGGGCUGUUUCACAUCGUGCUGAACAGAGACGUAGAUUUAAGGCCGUGUUAUGUACGAAACCACGAACCUAUUCUCGGAUUAAAGAGGAAAGAAAGAAAUGUGAAAAGGAAGGAACAAGUUUGACUGAUUGUAAAUUUGAGGAAGAAGUAGAAGAAGGGGAAGAAGAGGAAGUGCCAAAUUUAAAUGGAUUUUUCUUGAUGAAACAUUGUUGUGUGGAUGAUCCAAGUGAUUUAUGUUCUAUCAAUAUUUCUGGUAAAGAGUUCGUUGAAGUAGAGGAAGACGAUCUCACAGCUUUCGAUAAUGUUGCUUACGUUAACGCAGCUGAAAAUUACCUCCCCUUUGAGGCUUAUCGUGGUUUUCCUUCACUACGAGAAUUAGAAAUACCUUUAUGUGGAUUGAGAAGCCUAAAAAUAGGUCACAAUGACUACCCUAAUCUAGAGCUUUUAGAUUUAUCAUAUAAUAAUUUAUCACAAGAUGACAUUCUAACAGUUGGCACCCUGCCCAGACUCAAAGUUCUACAUUUAACUGGGAACGAUUUUAAUCGAUUACCACACGAUUUCUGUUUACCUUUUAUACCUGAAGGACAUAAAAAUCAGUAUCCACGAUUUGCCUACCUGGAAGUUUUAAUGCUGGACGAUAAUAAAUUAUCGGAUAUAACAAUAUUUGCUGCCAUCGCUGGUUUACAGAAACUCAAACAUCUAAACCUGGAGAAGAAUGCGAUUUUCUUUGUACCCCAAUUAAAGUCAGUUGAAGGUCAGAUGAAAACACAGGAUGGCGAGAAAUCGAGCAGUAGGAAAAAUAAAACACUGCGUAGUGGUUGUUCAAGUCGACGUUCGAAAUCUCGACAGUCCGCGUUAGAAGCCAAAUUAGAAGAACUGACGAAUGAUGUGAUAAAUUCCGAGGAAGCCAACUCCGGGGAACAAUCUGAUGGGGAGGUGAUUGGCGAGUCUACAGAUCAACAAAUAAAAAUAGAAAAUAGAACAGAUCAGUUAGAGGAAGUAACCAAGGCAGUGAAGGAAACUAAUAAAGAAGCUAGUGAUUUAUUGGAUGAAGACUUUAAUUCAUCACUGGGUGAUUUAUCUGCACGAAUUCAUGAUGUAGAGUCCGAUAUAAAGGGUAGCCCUACACCGCGAUCUACGGCCCAUAAACCCCAAUCAGAUGCCACCAUCUCAAGAACACCUUUUCCAGAAUUACGUUAUCUUAGUUUAGCCUACAACCAGAUUGCAACAGAAGAAGGAUUAUUAGCUGUAGCAGCAUGGCCGAUGUUAUCAGAACUUGUUAUACAUGAUAAUCCACUAACAACAGAUAAUGUUGGUGAUCCUCCAUUAAUAAAACGAUUUCUACACGAUCGUCUUGGUAUUAAACUAGUCAGAAAACGGGUGGCACCUGUCAUUAAAAAACAUAUAGAAAUACCUGAUAGACCAAAACGUAAGGUAACAACACGAGUCCCUAAAAUACCCCGACCAACGGUAGAACAGAGAUUGAUGUUGGAAGCUCCCAAACUAACGCCUCCCAUUAACAGCGAUGACCGUCCUGCAACCAGUGGUGUUAAAUCACCUCUACCACCGAUAGACACUAGACGUUGUCGGGCUGCGUCUGCUGGUGGGUUACCAAGACAACAAACAGAAGAGAUAACUCCCAGAAGUGAGGCAUGGGCAGAUGAAGAUGAAUUAGAAGGAGAAACAUUCUUUAUGACACAGGUUGAUGAUCAAGAUGAAAAUAAAUCAGGAAGAAGAAAACCAGAGGAAAUGAAAAAGACGGAGAAAGAAUUAGAUGAAAAAUAUCGUGGAUUUGAAGAUCUGCUGAGUGAAGAUGAUUUCCCAUUGGCUGGAGAGGAAAGUUCACAAGAUAUUCAGAGUAAUGUACGAGCUUUACGUUAUGCACUGAAUCAUCAACUGGUAUACAGAGAUACAAGUAAACUACAACUUGAUGCUGUUAAAAAACCUGUUAAAGCUUAUAGAAGGGUUCCUCUUCCUCCAUCUGGACCUCGUAAAACACACCAAGAGAAAGUCGAUGAAGUUUUAGAUAAUUUACGGGAUCGAUCAACUGUUGACGAGGCCAGUCUGAAAUAUGUCCUGAAAAAUAAGACUAAAUUGAGAAAACAAUUUCCUGAAGCUCAGACAUUAUUGGCACAGAUCCAACAUCGUUACAAUGCUGUUCGUGUCACAUCCAUGAAAGAAGCCAAAGACGCAAAGAAAGAAGUCCAGGAUGCAAUCAACAGGAGUCGAGCUAGCAGUAAAAUGUCUGGGGUUAAAGUUCAACAUUAAAUGUAUUCCGGAGCCAAAAUAUUAUUACUUACUGUGAUAUGUUAACGAAUCUAUUGUAUAAAAUCAUAAACUACUAUAAUCAGAUGGAUUUAUUUUAUAAAUCUCUAUAAAAUAUAAACCAAGCUUCAGUGAUGAUUUCUUAGACCAGCAAGUCGUCUUCAACUUGAUUACCACUGUAAGAUCCCAUGUAUUUUACUUUUCAUAAGUGUAUGACCCAUUUUGUGUUCAACACUGUCAUAAUAAUGUAAAAAAAUCAAAGUAAAAAUUGUCAUGUUUUCUAUUUGUAAUCUUUACAAUGUUUAUAAGCCAUGCAGGUGUGUUUAUAAGCCAUGGUGUUGAUGUUUAUAAGCCAUGGUGUUGAUGUUUAUAAGCCAUGGUGAUGUUUGUAAGCCAUGGCGAUGUUUAUAAGCCAUGGUGAUGUUAAGAAUUUAAUAAUACAAGUAAAAACACCAAUUGUAGAGUGUUACAGGAGUAUGAUUACUACAUUUAACACCUUCAACUGCCGAUUCUGUAUGUUAAUGCCUUCAACUGUGGAUUCUGUGCGUUAACGCCUUCAACUGCCGAUUCUGUAUGUUAAUGCCUUCAACUGUGGAUUCUGUGCGUUAACGCCUUCAACUGCUGAUUUUGUAUGUUGAAAAUUAUUAACUACUCAUUCUAUAAGGUCUGAAGUUCUGUUGAUUAAAUAUUAUUUUAUGACCCCGAUUGAAACAUUAACUGUUGACUCAGUAUUUUAAGGCCUGUUGACUCAGUAUUUAAAGGCCUGCUGAUUCAGUAUUUUAAGGCCCUAUGAUAAGAGUAUUUUAUCUGUAAUUAUUAAUUUAAAGUAUAAAUGUGUUUGUUUAUUGUACAUAAAAUAUUUAUUUCAACUAA